CGAAAUUCAGUCAAAAAAUCAACUUUUUUUUAAAUUUAAUUAUUUUUACAGAAAAUGACGAUCACCGAUUACUUUGGAGGCUUAGCAGACAAUCCCUAUUUCGGGGCAGGUUUCGGGCUUUUCUCCGUGGGACUUGUCACAGCGAUGGGACGCAAAGGCAUGCAAGCCGGAUUCAUCCUUUUUCGCAGGCAUUACAUGAUAACGUUGGAGGUUCCGUGUCGCGACAAAUCGUAUCAGUGGUUGUUGCAGUGGAUCACGAAGCGAGGGGCACGAAAAACGCAGCAUUUGAGCGUCGAAACGACUUUUGUGCAAAAAGAUACGGGUCAUGUCUCGACGAAUUAUGACUUUAUUCCGAGUGUUGGGACUCAUAUCAUGUGGUAUAAUGGGCAUUGGAUACGCGUUGAACGCACACGGGAGCAACACACGCUCGAUCUUCACAUGGGAACACCUUUUGAAACGGUAACGCUCACGGCGCUGGGUCAAAAUAAGGAAAUGUUCUACAAAAUGUUGGAAGAGGCACGACAACUUGCCCUGAAAGAGACUGAAGGGAAGGUUGUCAUGUACACAGCGAUGGGAUCUGAAUGGCGUCCCUUUGGGCAUCCAAGGAAAAAGCGAAAUAUCAACUCUGUGAUCCUCGAUGAUGGCAUUUCCGAUCGAAUUGUUGCCGAUUGCAAGGAAUUUAUCACAAAUCACAAAUGGUACACAGACCGUGGAAUCCCGUAUCGUCGCGGUUUUCUCUUGCACGGACCUCCAGGAUGCGGAAAAUCGAGUUUUAUCACUGCCUUGGCGGGAGAAAUCGAAUAUGGGAUAUGUCUCUUGAACUUAUCUGAACGUGGAUUGACUGACGAUCGCUUAAAUCACUUGCUGAAUGUCGCGCCGCAACAAACGAUCAUUUUAUUGGAAGAUAUCGAUGCGGCAUUUGUCUCGCGGGAAGAUACACAACAACAAAAGGCAGCUUACGAGGGUUUAAAUCGAGUUACGUUCAGUGGUUUACUGAAUUGCUUAGACGGAGUCGCUUCAACAGAGGCAAGAAUUGUAUUUAUGACGACAAAUUACCUAAAUAGACUCGAUCCGGCACUGAUAAGACCCGGCAGAGUCGAUGUUAAAGAGUACAUUGGCUAUUGUUCGCAGUCACAGUUGGAGCUGAUGUUCCUGCGAUUCUAUAACGGCACCGAAGGGGCAGAAAAUGCGAAGAAAUUCGCGGAAAAAGUCAUGUCUUUUGGCAAAAAUGUGAGUCCGGCACAAGUUCAAGGCUAUUUUAUGGUGCAUAAGAUGUCGGAUCAGCAAACUGUGUUAGAAAAUGUCGCUGAUAUUUGGGAAAAUAAGUAAAUCUAGUCGUGAAUUGCAUAAAAAAUAUAGGAAAAAAGUCAAAAUUUAAUUAAUUACUAACAUUUUCAUUCAACGGCAGUGAUUGCAAAACGAUAAAAAGUCAUUUAUUCACCCCCUUCUUCGCCC